AGGCUUUGGUACUGUCCAGGAAGUGAAAAGUGACAGCGGUGGUUUACUGGCGUCGCGCCCCCCUCUCCCCUCCUCCUCCGCCUUAACUCCAGUACCGACUCCCCUGUCACUUUGGAGCACUUCCACCACCCCCCAGGCGUCACUUUCCACAACCGCAUUGCGUGUGCUCGUAUGGGCAGCGGGGGAGUCAUUAUUAUCCGACGAAAAGAAAAGCACACGUCGUGUGUCGUGUCUUGUCUAUCCGCGCGCGCGUGCGCGUUAAGUUUGUAAAUUAGCGAAUUGAAGAUGGCGUCCAGCUCGGAGCGCAGUCCUCCUCCUUUCCCCGACGCCGGAGACGCCGCAGGCCGAGGCAGCGAUGAAGAGGACGGAGACGACCUCUUCGUGAGUGUGAGCAACUCCUCCCUCAGCGAGACGCCGACGGUCAGUCAACCUACCGAUGAUUUGUUGACUCCUCCCGGAGACGCCACGGCAGAGCCGACGAGCGACCGCGUCAGCAGCGGCUUAGGAUCCAAAACGUCGAGCGACAAUUUAAUGUCGCCUCCCAGUGACGUCACGAGCGACCCCAUUAGCAGCGGCUCGGAAUCCAAAACGCCCAGCGAGCCCUCUGACGAGUUUGACGACCUGGCGGACAACUGGAUGACUCCGGCCGCCUCUGUCGAUGCCAAAGCUGAAAAGAGAGCCAGUGAAAACCUUCUCAAUGAUGAGUUUGUUGACCUACUCGGAAGUGAAACUGAACCGCAAUCACAGGAAGGAGAGGGAGAAAGUCUUUUUGCUGAAGUUGCUGUUCCGAAACAGGAAGUAAAAGAAACCGCGCCGCUUUUAGAUAUCAGUUCAUCAGCCGAUUUUGCACCAUCUCCACCGACCAAAAUAUUUGACCCACUGGCGGAACUCUUUGACGAUCCUGCACCAGCUCCAGCGCAGAAGCAAAGCGCCGCCGCAGACCUCUUCGAAGACGAGGGCAGCGACUUGUUCGCCGACCCGCAACAGAUCAAAGCCGCCAAUCCGCCUCAGAAGAGCCUCUUCGGCGAGCCAGACGAGGAUCUGUUCGGCGAGCCGCUGGGCGCCAAGAAGAAGCCCGCCGCCAAGGACCCACGGGACGAGCCUCUCACUGACAAGUCCGCCAGCCACGACAGCGGCAAAGCAAGCCGAGAGCGUAAACACGACGACAUGUUCGCGGCAGAAGCUGGAGACCCCGGCGACAGCUCCCGCCUCAACUCCAGGACCAACGGAGUUCACGUGGAAGAAAGCACUGAUAUAUUUGCAGAAGCCACAGUGGAGCUCUCUCUGGACAGUCCACAGAACGAAAGGAAGAAGGCCGCUGCCCCGGCCGUCGCCGCCGUCGGCAAGCCUUCCGCCUCGGCAGCCACCAGUGUGGCCAAAUCUCAGACGGCUAUGCUGGAGGAACUCGAGGAAGAGGAGGAGUCAGAGCUGGAAGACAAGUUUGACAUCACCGUCUCCAUUACCGACCCAGAAAAGAUAGGGGAUGGAAUGACCGCCUACAUGGCCUACAAAGUGUCCACUCAGACCACGCUGUCCAUGUUUCGCAACAAGACGUUCACGGUGCGCCGACGCUUCAGCGACUUCCUGGGCCUGUACGAGAAGCUCUCCGAGAAGCACGGCCCUGGCGGCGUCAUCGUGCCGCCGCCGCCUGAGAAAAGCAUCCUGGGCAUGACCAAGAUGAAGGUGGGAAAGGAGGACUCAUCGUCUGCCGACUUUGUCGAGAGAAGAAGAGGCGCCCUGGAGAGGUAUCUUCAGAGGGUGGUCACUCACCCUUCGCUGAUCCAAGACCCCGACGUGCGAGAGUUCCUGGAGCGAGAUGAGCUGCCCCGAGCUGUGAGCACGCAGGCUCUGAGCGGCGCCGGCUUCCUGAAAAUGAUCAACAAGGCCACGGACGCCGUCAGCAAAAUGACCAUCAAGAUGAACGAGUCGGACGUGUGGUUUGAGGAAAAACUGCAGGAGGUGGAGUCUGCGGACCAACAAUUCCGCAAGCUCCACGCGCUGGUGGAGUCGCUGGUGCUCCACAGGAAAGAGCUUUCCAUCAACACGGCGAGCUUCGCCAAGAGCACCGCCAUGCUGGGCAGCGCCGAGGACAACACGGCGCUGUCGCGCGCCCUCUCGCAGUUGGCCGAGGUGGAGGACAAGAUGGAGCAGCUGCAUCAGGACCAGGCGGCCAACGACACCUUCGGCUUUGCAGAGCUCAUCGCCGAUUUCAUCCGACUGCUCGGCGCCGUCAGGGGCUCCUUCGACCACCGCAUGAAGGCGUGGCAGCGCUGGCAGGACGCGCAGAGCACGCUGCAGAAGAAGCGCGAGGCCGAAGCCAAACUCCAGUGGGCCAACAAGCCCGACAAGCUGCAGCUGGCCAAAGAAGAGAUCGCAGAAUGGGAGGCCAAAGUGACGCAGUUCGAGCGAGACUUUGACCGAGUGUCGGCCACCGUGCGCAAGGAAGUGCUGCGAUUUGAGAAAGAAAAGGCCAGGAACUUCAAAAGACAGAUCGUCAAAUAUCUGGAGAAUCUGCUCAAGUCACAGCAGCAGCUGAUCAAGUACUGGGAGGCCUUUUUACCCGAAGCGAAAGCCAUCGCCUGAGUGGGAUUGCAAAUCUCCUUUUGUCUUUCUUUUUUUCCUUCUUUCACACUUGAGCGCUUCCUGCCUUUAAAAUCCCGGAAGAACGUGUGCGCGUCGUUGCAAAACAAGUUUACAAUCAACACGUUUCUUGCUUUUGUAUCAACCUUUCGCGCUUUAGAACUUUCUAUUUUUCCCCGUCGUGUAACUUCUCGCAAAUAUUUUCGUACAGACGCGCGAUCGGUUUCAUCCGGGUGAAAAUAGCCCUCGGGGCCAAACGACUCAAAAAGGGAUAAAUUAAUUUUGGUUAUUGGUGCUGAGAUGGGGGGGGGAGGGGCAUUAGAGCUCGCGGGCGUGAAUAAUCGCAUCGCAGUGUACGUUUGAUGUCACUUAUGUUUGAAAAUAAAUAACAAUUUCACUUAUCUGUGCCUUCUACAAACGAGCGGGGGCAAUGAGACACUCGAGGCUAAUGAAAGAAGUUUUUGACUCGUUUCUUUUCUUAAGCCCUUUCGACAUCUACUGUACGAAGGAGUAUUUGGAUAACACCAAAAAUCGGAUUAAGAGUCACACAACGUGUAUGAUUGUUACGAAGCUUACUGAAAAAAAAGCAUUUACAAUUUUAUUUCCAAAUAGUUUUUUUUAUUUUGUUUUUGCUGUAGAAAGUGCGAAACAAUGAAUUGAAAGUUACUGAUUCACCACACAACAAAGGCAGUGAAGUUUCACCCAGUGAAAUGUACGUUUUCGUUGUUGUUGUUCUCUUCAUUCCCUAAGCUGCAAAUACUAUUACGAACAAAAGGAAAAAGUAUUUUGGUGAUUCUUGUGUCUAGAUUUCCACGAAUUCCCCCUUCGAGUAUUUGGGAAACAAAAAACAUCUGAUUGAAAAAUCAGACAAAAAUAUGUGCUAAUGUAAUUGUUACAAAUCUUAAUGGUUCAUUACCAAAAACUUAAUUGCCAAUUAACACAUUUAUCAUAUAUAAUAAAAUACUUUGGAAUGCACGUUAUUUUGUAUCAUUUUUCUCGUUAAAUGCUGUCUUUAUUUUGCUGGUUUUGAUAUACUUGUACCUUUUUUGUGGAUUUAUUUUUCUCUUGUGGAAUUGAUACAUUAUCAGAAUGACUUUUCUUUCUAGCUCUUCUUUCUUCUAACAUUUUUGCUCAUAACUGCCCAAUUAAUUUUUUAAGGCACAUAGUGGCCUGAAUAUUCCUUCGUACAUUUGGACAACAGAACAAGCAUGAUCUAAUGUUGAACGUCAAACAAGCUUCCCCCCCCCCCCCAUUAAAAACGCAACAUACAUGGCGUUAUCACACUGUUGAAGGAAACAUGCUCACAGCUCACAUCCAGAAACAGCUUGACACUAAAAAUAAACAGAUUUAAAUAAAUAUAUACAUGUAUUGAUUUUUAUUUUUCCAAUACUCUUCUCCAAGUAAUGAAGUCCUUUUUUUUUUUUACAGCUUUAAUUUUUACAUUUGACGGCCAAGCUUCUUUAAUGAGAACAUUUCACGUUAGGUUAAAUCACACCAGUUGUUCACCUUGGCUGGCGUUGAAUGAAAUGAGAUUUAUUAAUGUAUCUAGAAAAAAUGUGCACCUGUGUCACUUGGAGAAGAAAUCAAAUAAAUAUUGCACUGUUUACACUUGGA